AUGGACCAGGUCUUAGAUACAUCCAGCGAGACGCGCACAGCAGUCGCGACACCAACGAGCCUGCAUGAGGCGAUCAAUGUGAUGGCUCUCGAACAGAAUGCUCCACCAGAGGCUGCAGAGCCAGAGAUCAUCCCUUUCCGGGCCAAGAGCCCUCCUAUUACACCUCGAAAGUCUAUGCCCGUCAACGGUCAAGCGGACGAGGCUGUUGCUGAGUUGCCUGCUGAGAGGGGACGACAAGAAGUCAAGGGAAGUGCUAUUCUUUCCACUACCGCAGCAAAGAGGCGGAAGAAGAAAAACAAGACAAAAGCCGCUCAGCCUGUGCAAGCGUUGAAUACUGUCAGAGGCUUCACUCCGGUCGAUUCAGGCGCCGAAGACUCAGAUUUCUCCCGCGCGAACAGUCCGCGAGUCCUGUCACCUAUUCCCCGCUUGCCUGCGUUGGCUGGUGCAAGUCCUGGUUUGAGACCGCAGUCACCUGGCAUCAGCAGCUUAAAGGCCCAGCUCGAUGCCUUGAACUCGCGCAGCCAAAGUCGAUCAACCUCUCGAGUGCGAGAUGCCUUGAACUCGGAAGCCAACAGUAGUGCAGCCAGCGCCGCGUCCGACAACCAGGAAGAGGAGCCACAAGAAGAUAUGGUCAGCUACAAUGUUCAGAUCGACCAAGACUUCGUCAGUCAAUCGCUGGCUGAAACCGGGUCGAGCACUGCUACUCUUUCGACUCUAGAUGCAGACCAGCGCGCAACCUCGAUGAUAGCCCGCAAGAUGACCGCAGCAGAUUUCACCCCGGUUCGUUGUCUUGGGGAUGGCGCGUUUGGCACGGUGCUUCUUGUGCGACAGAACGCGACGGGCCGCCUGUUCGCGCAGAAGCAGCUCACCAAGGCGUUUCUAAAGGUCCACAAGAAGCGAAUCGAGUCAACCAUGUCUGAACGCUCAAUUCUCGAACUGGUCAACCGUCAUCCUUUUAUUGUCAACCUGUAUUAUGCCUUCCAGGACCACGAGAAGCUCUACCUGAUUCUCGAGUAUGCUUCUGGUGGUGAACUCUUUCGCCAUCUGGAGUUGGAGAAGUUCUUCUCUGAAGAGGUUGCGGCCUUCUAUAUUGCCGAGAUCGUUCUGGCUCUCGACUAUCUUCACAAUACCAUGGGUGUCAUCUAUCGCGAUCUCAAGCCCGAAAACUGCCUGCUAAACUCCGAAGGACAUCUGCUCCUGACAGAUUUCGGUCUAAGCAAAGUGGCGGUUCAGGAUGCUAGUACACCCGGUGGGAGUCGAUGCAACAGUCUUGGUGUCGGGACAAUCGAAUACAUGGCACCUGAAAUCAUCCGGGGCUCUGAUGAGUCUGACUGGGGCCCGGGUUAUGGCAAGGCAUGCGACUGGUGGUCUUUGGGUGCGAUGGCAUGCGACCUCAUGACGGGCAAACCGCCGUUCGGAGGAGGCAAUUGGACGAAGAUCCAACAGAACAUUCUGUUUCAAAAGUUGAGUCUGCCGUACUUUUUGUCACCAGAUGCCAAGGAUCUUUUGACCCGGCUACUGCGCAAGGAGCCUAAGAAGCGACUGGGCGUUGGUCCCAGCGACAUCAAUAUCAUCAAGAAGCACCGUUUCUUCAGGAAGAUCGACUGGAAGAAGCUGGAAGCAAAGGAGCUCGAGCCACCAAUCAAACCACUGGUCACCAAUCCUGAAUUGGCAGAAAAUUUCGCACGAGAAUUUACGGACCGAGCGAUUGACACGAUCGCACGAAGGCAUAGCCGGACGCUGAGCAAGUCUGAUCCUUUUGGUGGGUUCAGCUAUGUUGCCAGCAAUAGCCUGCUCGAGGAGUCCAUGCUCUCGGAAGUGGAUGAGGCUAUCAUUGAUGAAGACAUUUAG